CAUGGCACUUUGGCAGCAGUGCUGACUUAGUAUUCGAUGCUAUAGUUUCUAUUUGACUGCCACGCUCAAAACAGCUCAAUCACUUCCCUUAAUAAAUACAUUCCCUUGUGUAGUAUUAAAAAAUGAGUUCAUUAAUAUAUUUAUGAAUUUAAACUGUUUGCUAUAGACAUUUUUUUUUUAAUUUAGUUGAUUUUAAGUUUUAAUUUAAAAAUAAAAACAGUGCAUCAAAAAUGGAGAAAAGUACAAAUAUUGAUUUUUAUAUGGAUCAUUUAGGGGACUUUGGAUCAUACCAACUGCGGCAGUUUUUACUAAAUCUGAUGUCAGCAUUCACAGCUGGUCUACACAUGAUGGUAUUAGUCACUGUUGCUGCUGUACCUGACUACAAUUGUUUAAUACCGGAUUCGGAAUCAGGAUCAAAUAUCACAAAUUGGAUUGUGGCACCAAAAUAUAAUAACGAUUCGUGUCAAGCAUUAGAUACUUAUAAUAAAACUAUAAACUGUGAAAAAUGGAUAUUUAAUGAAACAUACUACGGAAGUACUAGAGCUACGCAGUGGAAUAUGAUUUGCGAUAAUCGAUGGAUGGGAUCUUUAGCACAGAUGAGUUACAUGUUUGGAGUAUUUACCGGCUCAGUUGUGCUUGGAAGUCUUGCUGAUAAAUUUGGCCGUAAAAAGAUUUUCUGCAUUUCAGCCGUAGCACAAUUGUUUCUUAGUAUCGGAGUAGCAUUUAUUAAUCAUUAUUGGAUAUUUAUAGCUACCACAUAUGUAUAUGGAAUUUUCGGUUCAUCGGGGUCUUAUAUUUCUGGAUUUGUGUUAACUAUGGAGUUAGUAGGACCCUCAAAACGUUCAGUAUGUGGAAUUCUAUUUCAAACUACAUUUGCUUCUGGUAUAAUGGCCGUAGCAGCAUGGGGAUAUUUCGUCAGGGAUACCUUUUUACUACAAAUUAUAUAUGGCUUACAUAGUUUAAUAUUAAUUCCUCAUUUCUGGCUGAUUGAUGAAUCUCCAAGAUGGUUAUGGGGUCAAGGAAGAAAAGAAGAAGCAAUUAAAAUUAUACAAAAAGCACUGAAGACCAAUAAUAACACAAUGCCAAUAUUAUUAGAAAAAGAACAAAUGGUGUCAUUAAAUAAUGAUGAACCCGUCAAAGAAAACAAUCAAAAUCGAUCAUAUUCGAUAAUAGAUUUAUUCAAAACUCCAAACCUGAGAAAUAAUACAAUCAACGUUUGUCUUUAUUGGUUUGCUGCUAGUUUUGGGUACUAUGGUAUUUCACUUCGAACCGGAAAUCUACCAGGAAACCCUUAUUUUAUGCUUUUUGUGAUGGCUGCUGUGGAAAUACCUAGUUACAUAUUUGUAACAUUAUCAAUGGAUCGUAUGGGAAGACGGUUUCUUAGCAGCUCAAUGAUGAUUGUAGGAGGAACUGCUUUGCUUGUUUCUGCAUUUUUUCCCUCGGGUAAAUUUAUUUUAUUCAUUGAUUUCUGUAUAUUAAUAGUAUUAAAACAAUUUACGAUUUUAGAUCCAUUAUCACAAUCAAUAUCUACCGGUAUUGUGUUCCUUGGAAAGUUUUGCAUAGCUGGAGCUUUUGCUAUUAUAUAUAAUUAUACUGUAGAACGUUUCCCUACUGUGGUUCGUAACACUGCUAUUGGACUUGGAAGCAUGUUCGCGCGUUUAGCUGGAGGUUUUACUCCUUUAGUUACCUUAUUGGACUCAUAUGACGCAAGAGCCCCUGCUAUAACGUUUGCUCUGGUGACUCUUAUAUCUGGAGUGUUUAGUACUUUACUUCCUGAGACACUUAAUACAGUAAUGCCACAAACCAUGGCCGACGGUGAAGAAUUUGGAAAAGGUGAUACAUGUUUUACAACUGGAUGUUUUGGACGAAAAAAAAAACCACAGCCAAAACAAAAAGAAAUACCUGCUGAAGAAAGUUACUAAUUGUAAAAGAAAACAAUAUAACAUAGCAUUUUAGUAAUUGAGUUUUUUUUAUAUAAAUUAUUUUUAAAAAUGUAUAUUUUGAAGAUAAUUAUUUACAUUUUAUACAUAAUUUAUUUUUUAA